AGGGAAGAGGAGGGAGGAGUUAGUGUGAUGCGAGAAGAAGGAGACAUUCCUAUCUUACACACACACAAGGAAUAUAUCCAGGCAGAUCCAUUCGCAUCACCAUCAUCCAUGCCGCUGUACCAUCAUUGAUACCAAUUAACCACCAGCCUCCAAUUAACGCAGGCCUGUUUGCGUCAUCGCUUGGGGAAAAGAGAAUCUCUUUGGAAAUCUGACGAAGUCGUGGUGCCAGAAGCUGGCCAUCCACUGCAACUCAUCGCUGGACUGCUUCUGAACCCCCCCUCCUCUGCAUUUACACCCUCGGGGCACACUGCGGUGAGAUGGAGGCGUGCAGAUGAAUCAUCCAAUUGAGCAACAUUACAGGGCUCCAUAUAGCAGUUCUACUUGGUGUCUGUAAGCAAAAUGACAUAAUACUUCUUAAGAGUGAGUCACUCAGUUGUGGGUAGAGAGAGACACUGGGGAGAGAGACACUGGGGAGAGAGAGAGAGACACUGAGGAGAGAGAGAGACACUGGGGAGAGAGAGACACUGGGGAGAGAGAGACACUGGGGAGAGAGAGACACUGGGGAGAGAGAGAGACUGGGGAGAGAGAGACACUGGGGCUAGAGAGACACUGAGGGAGGGAGAGACUGAGGAGAGAGAGACACUGAGUGAGAGACGCAGGGAAAUAUAGAUACACGGAAAGGAGUGAAACACAGGAAGAGGGAUACACGGAGACGGCGUCACUAAGACAAACACCGAGAGACUGAGAGAGGCACGCACAGGGAUAGAGAGACACACGGAGAGAGAGAGGGGGAGGGAGGGAGCACGUGUGUGCGAGAGAAAGGGAGAGCGGCAGGGAGAGAGAGGGAGGGAGCGGCCGCCAUGCCGGAGCCGAGCAGCGACUACCACGUGGUGGUGUUCGGCGCGGGCGGCGUGGGCAAGAGCUCCCUCGUGCUGCGCUUCGUGCGCGGCACGUUCCGCGAGGCCUACGUGCCCACCGUGGAGGACACCUACCGUCAGGUGAUCAGCUGCGACAAGAGCGUGUGCACGCUGCAGAUCACCGACACCACGGGCUCGCACCAGUUCCCCGCCAUGCAGCGGCUGGCGAUCUCGCGCGGCCACGCCUUCCUGCUCGUCUACGCGGUGACGAGCCGCCAGAGCCUCGAGGAGCUGCGGCCCAUCUACGAGGUCAUCGCGCAGAUCAAAGGCGACGUGUCGGCCGUCCCCAUGAUGCUCGUGGCCAACAAGUGCGACGAGACGGCGCGCGAGGUGGCAGCCGGCGAGGGCGAGACGCAGGCCAGGGCGUGGCGCUGCGCCUUCACGGAGACGUCGGCCAAGAUGGACUACAAUGUCUCCGAGGCCUUCCAAGAGCUGCUCACGCUCGAGAAGCGGCGGCACAUGAGCCUGCAGGUGGACGGAAAGAAAGGCACCAAGGACUCUAGGAGGAGCCUCAAGGAGCACGUGCGGAGGAGAUGCCUGCUCAUGUGAAGCUCAUGUGAAGCUCAUGUGGCGGUCACGGAAGCCCUCGCAAGCGUGCACGUCACGGCCCGCGUGCUACACGGGGUUAACCGGGUCCAACCGGAGUUUUUAUGCAAAAUUUCCUUUUCCUUUAUUUACAUUUUUACUUAUUAUUGUUGCUAUUUUAUACAGAUUUUAACAAACUACUUUUUUUACGUCAGCAACGUUACCCACAACCGCUGUGCGUUCGAUCACGUGCGCGUGUUUUAAAUGUUAAAAUUUUACAUUUUGGGGGUAUUUAGUUUUUGUUUCUUAAGGGCGAGGCUGCCGUUACAGCGGCGGAGGAUCGGUUAUCGGUUAUCGGCACAACUGGAAUGUCCAACCCAGAGGGCGCAGGUUCGACUCCGUCAACGCGAGUUUCUCAAAUCCUCUUUCCCCCAUGCAACCGCCUCUAGCUGUUCACCCGGCUCUACAAACGCAUGUCGCGUAUGGUGGGGUAAAGUGUGGGUACUCUAUUUUUCCCGAAACGUCUGGCCAGCUUGGAAGAGUAGGCCAAACGUUGCUCUAUUAGAGGAAGCACUCUCUCUCUCCUUGGCGAAGGCGCCUUCCCCCACUGGUGGCGUGAGCCAAGCAGUUGCAGGGCUGCCCCUUUACCCUCUCGCCAAGUCUGUGUAAGUUUGGUCUUCGCGACGUGCAGAUGUUGUCGCUCGCCCGAUGGCGAGUUUUACUCUAAAAGCAAUACCCUACGCAUGGAGGGAUUUGUCCCUGUUAUUUAUUAUUUCAAUCGUUUAGCCAGGAAAGCUCCACGACCCUUUUCUUAAGAGGUGUCUUGCCAGGUUUCUUUCGCAGUGAGACGAGGAUGAAGAUCGCUGCUGCUGCUGCUGCUGCUGAUGUGGUCUAUCCCAGGACACCCCCCAGUGGCAGCUUUCCCCGGGCAUUCGUCUGCCAGUCGGGGAGUGCGGAGAGAUGAUUGCUGCUGCUGUGUGUGUGUCAUCCCAAUUGAGUAAAUGUUUCCGCGCAAUUUAUUAUUGACAAAUCUGGCCUCGGUCUUGCGAACAACAUCACAAUGGGGCGGGGGGGGGGGGUCUGUGUGACGUCGACCGUGCGAGUGAAGCGGACGGCGUGUCGCGUGGCGUUGUGUAGUUUCCUUUACUGGCACGGCUGCCACGCCACCACCGUGGUAGUGAUCGGGGCGACCUGCCGGCGUCGAACCGCGUGAACCUGCGGUGGCACGAGCGGCGAGAAAGCCGCCUUCGGGCCGCGCCGCCGUCGCUCGCCUCGGGAAGCGUGGAGCGGCCCCAUUUAUUCAGUUGCUUAUUUUAGCGCCCCAUGAUCGCGUUCAUUUAGCGCCUGAUUGUUUCUUUCUGGCUGCACCGCGCACGUGUGGUUGGGCGCAAUGUCUGAUGUUUCGCACCAUACCCCCCAGCCGCAAACGCACAAACACGAAAGAGUGUCGGUUCAAAACGAUAGCAGUCCGAAUGCUUAAAGCGUGCCCUUUGUUGACCCAGGCACAGCCUCGUCGCGUCUCAACACUCACUCGUGGUAGCUUCCUGUGUUGAUCCCGCGGUGUGGAGUCGCCAGCCGAGGGUUGGUGGAUCACCGCACGCACACACACGCACGCGCACACACGCACACACACACGCACACACACACGCACACACACACACGCACACGUGCCGUGACACUCCCCUCGACGCGUGCGUGUCGAGGGUAAGCUGUGGCCCUGGCUCGUCAGGCAACGGCGGUUCCAGUGAGUGGACUAAUUUCCAUCUGUCCCAUCGUCAAGGGGACUGAGACUCCAUCUGCAUGGCAUCGUGUUGCCCCUCAUACGCGUGGGGUUUCUCCAGGUGCUCGAGUUUCCUCCCGUGUGUGUGAAUACUCAUUAAUGGGCUGGAAACAUCUCGUUUUAUAGAGGACCGCACAGCUUGGGCAAUUGUCGGUAGUGGCAGCUCCUCACCCCUGUGGCUGCUUCUGCCUCUCCGCUCAUCUGCGGUUCCUCCUGGUGCCUCCGAGUCGUCCUCUCUCCGAAUCGUUCUCUCCGCGAGAGCGAGCGGACCCCAUUUGGUGGUUAUGUUUAAAAAAAAUGUAGGACGGCUGCUUGGCCACGAAUCAUUUGACCGUUUGGCUUCCCGUGGAAGGAGGGAACCGGAGAACCCGGAGAAAACGCAGCACCGCGCUGCCGCGCACGAGAAGGGGCGACGCGCAGGCUCGCAGAGUCUCAUCGGACAUCGCGCCGAGCCGCGCACGCCGACGCGACCCGAGCAGCACAACGGAAGAGCCGUGCGGCACAAGCGGCGGAAACCUACGCAAGAAGUUCGGUAGAAUCUCUUUGUCGUAUUUGCUGUUCCGUUUCUUCGUUUGUAUUUUAGCAAAACUUUUUGCACUUUUUUAAACUUGAACGGUGGAUUUUUUGAAGUCCAGAAAACAAAUAAAUAUACGAUUGUUUUUAAUAGGUGGGGUGGGGAGAGGUUUCUCAUCAAUUUGAUUUAAAUUCUCAAGUUGCAGAUUUCUACAUUGGCGAGGUGAGCGGUGGCGCUGCGGUUGGCACGCGCUGCGUUGUAAACCCGACAGCCCGAAUUCGAUUCCCGGCCACGGCUAACAUCGGUGGCCGAGUGACAUCUGCACCGGUCUCCCGGCGUGCCCCGCCACCCCUUCUUGGGUCGCCCAACAUUGAGCAGUGCAGUGACGUAUGGUCAAACGGUCACCAAGGUCACCACAAGCUUCGAGAGCCUUCAUCCAGCAGUAGAUUGAAGGGCUCUUAACCUUUGUAAAGUCCUCGCCAUGUAGUGACUUUCGGGGGGGGGGCGGUUGUUUAGCCAUACUUCACACCAGUCGGUCCCGCUUCAGACACCACUCGCUAAUGAUAGCCGUCGCCAGGAGUCGAACUCGGGUCGCCAAGUUGAUAAUGUAAUGAGCUGACUAUUGCACCACUGCUCCUCAUGAGUAAGGUUUAUCGUAUUUAAAAAGUGAAGUAUAGAUGUUUUAUUCGCUAUGCAGUGACUAACCCUUUUGCCCCCCCCCCCCAACCCGAUGAAAAUAUAAUGGGACAGUCUGGUGACCCGAUUGGGCAUCGCGUGGGGUCUGUACCAUCGUCUUGCACGGGGUAGUUUUGUUCACACGCUAAGAACAAUAUUAUUGUCAAAUACAGAAAAGAAAAGAAAUCUAAAUAUAUAAACAUUAAAACAACUGUCAGGGAUUGCGCGUUUUUUUAUUAUUGGUCAUUGUGGGUUUGGUGGGUCACGUGAUAUCAUCAUUGUCGUGGGGGGAGCCAUUCUCCGUUAACUGUAAGGAUAAGGCGAAUGUGGAUUGCAUCCGUCGUGAAAAUGUGACCGAGAUCGUAAAGUUGACGAUUCCACGGUGGUUUGUGUGGGUGCUAUGCGAGUGACAGAAACAAUAUUUGGAUUAAACUCGUAUCGCAAACUUGUACAGCGCUACAACCCUGCAGCCUUGUGAGAGACUAGGGCCAGUGUUCGCGAGCACCGAUGUAAACGCACAAAGACGGCGCAUCAUGUCAAUCCGUGUGAACGUUUUUGUAUCGAUGCAUGCAUCGUGCGCAACUUCUAAAGCACACACCAGUCGGGUGCAUGUUUGGUUUUUAGUUCGCGUUUAGGGUCUAACCUGAAUGUGUUGUUGUGAACUGUGAAACUAUAAAAACAAUGUUUUAACCCGGUAAGCCUCAAUGAGCUAUGUUGCUCUUUUCAAAAGCAAUCUGGCCACAAAUCGUAACUGAACGAGAAGUGGCUUACCGUGUGGAAAUGCAAAGCAACCAGAUACUCUAAACGCGUGUUUGUCUAAAUGUGGAGGGAAUAGCCGGAGAACACGCUAAUAUACAGCAGCCAUCCGGGUCGGGGUCCAACCCCACGACCUGCUGUAUACCGGGCGAAGUAGUUAACAUCUCCGAGCCGCCGCAGCAGCUCUCCGCCACUCGCCCGAUGCAGCCAAACAAACGACAUUGGCUGCUGUUUUGGCCACCGAGGGUCUGAAUAGUUUCAUGAUUCCAAGUUGCAUGUUUUUGUUUAAACCAGUCUCGUUUGCAAGCGUGUCAAAAAGCAGAGCAAAUACAAAAUGAAGUUAUUACGGCAAUUAGAAAUCGGAACAAAAACGACUUUGUCACGCGAUAAUUCGCGUGAGGCUUCAUUGCACGAACGUCAAUGUUGUUGUGCACUCACUGCCGCCCAAGUCGGCAGUGAGUGCGGGGACUGUUUGUGAUCGAGAUUGUAGCACGAUGACGCAAUUAAGUCGCAGGCAUAUUAAACAUAUAUGGGGAGGGGGGGGGGGGUGACAGUUGUACGAACGUGGAACCAGACGAGAAUCACUUACAAGUGAUGUGAUCGUGAUAGGACAGUCGUCAGAGGACACAGAGAAAGAUCCCCCGUAUAGCCUGAACAGGCUGUCGUGGCAAGUGCUGUAAGCGAGCACCUAUCACGAGGGGGUGGGCACCACACCCGGCCACCUUUGUUUAAUUGCACAUCGCAGCACCACGGACUCAUUUAAAGGCAGUUCGAGCCAGGGAGAUCA